CGCAUGUUGGGGUCUCGCGGCACUCACUGCGCCUGCGCGCGAGGUAGCGCGACGGCGCCGCCUUCACCUUGCUGGGGAGGGCUGCUGUGGCCUGAUGGUGGCUCUGUUGUGCGGGCGCCGCUCGCGGUCUGAGUUCGGCCUCGGAGCGGGGGGACUGUGUUGCUUCGACCAAAUCCCUGCUUGUCCUUUUCUUCGUGCUCGGCUCCUCCUCUCUCGCAAGGACCAGGCUCUCCGCCCGGCCCAGCAGCAGGAGGAUGUGUGAGUCCCCCUCCGGGGAUCACCAGGAGGCGCCACACGGCCAGGUUAUAAAAGCAGCUAAAUGGAGUCCGAGCAGCUGUUUCAUAGAGGUUACUACCGAAAUAGCUACAACAGCAUAACUAGUGCAAGUAGUGAUGAAGAACUUCUAGAUGGAGCAGGUGUCAUCAUGGACUUUCAAACCUCUGAAGAUGACAACUUAUUAGAUGGUGAUGCAUCUAUUGCAGGAACUCAUUAUACAAUGACAAAUGGAGGAAGUAUUAACAGUACAACACACUUACUGGACCUCUUGGAUGAACCUAUUCCUGGGGUUGGAACAUACGAUGACUUCCACACCAUUGAUUGGGUGCGAGAGAAAUGCAAAGACAGAGAAAGGCACAGACGGAUCAACAGCAAGAAGAAAGAAUCUGCCUGGGAGAUGACAAAGAGUUUGUAUGAUGCAUGGUCAGGAUGGCUAGUCGUAACACUAACUGGUUUGGCAUCGGGUGCAUUGGCUGGGUUGAUAGAUAUUGCUGCAGACUGGAUGACUGAUUUAAAAGAAGGCAUUUGCCUCCGUGCCCUGUGGUAUAACCAUGAACAGUGUUGUUGGGGAUCAAAUGAGGCAACAUUUGAAGAGCGAGACAAAUGUCCAGAGUGGAAAACAUGGGCAGAACUAAUACUUGGUCAAGCAGAAGGUCCAGGCUCUUACAUAAUGAACUACAUAACAUAUAUUUUCUGGGCAUUGAGCUUUGCUUUCCUUGCUGUUUCUCUGGUGAAGGUGUUUGCACCUUAUGCUUGUGGCUCUGGGAUUCCAGAGAUCAAAACUAUAUUGAGUGGCUUCAUCAUUAGAGGAUACUUGGGCAAGUGGACCUUGAUGAUAAAAACAGUCACUUUAGUUUUGGCUGUAGCCUCAGGUUUGAGUUUAGGAAAAGAGGGCCCUCUUGUACAUGUUGCCUGUUGCUGUGGAAAUAUCUUUUCUUACCUCUUUCCAAAGUAUAGCACAAAUGAAGCAAAAAAGAGAGAGGUACUAUCAGCUGCUUCAGCAGCUGGAGUGUCGGUAGCCUUUGGUGCCCCAAUUGGUGGAGUUCUUUUCAGCCUAGAGGAAGUCAGCUAUUAUUUUCCCCUGAAAACCUUAUGGAGGUCAUUUUUUGCUGCUUUAGUAGCUGCGUUUGUUUUGAGAUCAAUCAACCCUUUUGGUAACAGCCGCCUAGUUCUUUUUUAUGUUGAGUACCAUACCCCAUGGUACCUAUUUGAACUAUUACCCUUCAUUCUUCUGGGGGUAUUUGGUGGGCUAUGGGGAGCAUUUUUCAUACGUGCAAACAUCGCAUGGUGUCGCCGGCGCAAAUCAACAAAAUUUGGAAAGUAUCCAGUUCUGGAAGUUAUCAUUGUAGCAGCAAUAACUGCUGUCAUUGCUUUCCCAAACCCAUACACCCGAGUCAACACCAGUGAGCUUAUUAAAGAACUCUUCACGGACUGUGGGCCUUUGGAAUCUUCCUCCCUUUGUGAUUACAAGAACGACAUGAAUGGCAGUAAAAUAGUAGAUAUUGCUGACCGCCCAGCAGGCACUAGAGUGUAUUCAGCAAUAUGGCAGCUAUGUUUAGCUCUUAUAUUUAAGAUUAUAAUGACAGUCUUCACCUUUGGUAUCAAGGUUCCAUCAGGUUUGUUCAUACCUAGUAUGGCCAUUGGAGCAAUAGCUGGGAGAAUUGUGGGAAUUGCAGUGGAACAGCUUGCUGCUUAUCACCGUGACUGGUUUAUCUUCAAGGAGUGGUGUGAAGCUGGAGCAGACUGUAUAACACCAGGCCUCUAUGCUAUGGUUGGUGCUGCUGCAUGCUUAGGUGGUGUAACAAGGAUGACAGUCUCUCUAGUGGUUAUUGUAUUUGAAUUAACGGGUGGGCUGGAAUACAUUGUGCCCCUCAUGGCUGCAGUAAUGACAAGCAAGUGGGUAGGAGACGCUUUUGGCAGGGAAGGUAUCUAUGAAGCACACAUUCGUCUGAAUGGAUAUCCUUUCUUGGAUGCCAAAGAAGAAUUUACUCAUACUACACUGGCUUCUGAUGUCAUGAGACCGCGAAGAAAUGAUCCACCACUUGCAGUGUUAACCCAAGAUAAUAUGACAGUGGACGACAUAGAAAAUUUGAUCAAUGAAACCAGCUAUAAUGGUUUCCCAGUUAUAAUGUCAAAAGAGUCUCAGAGACUAGUGGGAUUUGCCCUAAGGAGAGAUCUAACUAUUGCAAUAGAAAGUGCCAGAAAGAAGCAAGAAGGCAUUGUUGGCAGUUCCAGAGUCUGUUUUGCUCAGCAUACCCCAUCACUUCCAGCAGAAAGUCCCCGGCCUUUGAAGCUUAGAAGCAUCCUUGAUAUGAGCCCUUUUACUGUGACAGAUCACACACCAAUGGAGAUAGUGGUGGAUAUUUUUCGCAAGCUGGGUCUGAGGCAGUGCCUUGUAACACACAAUGGGAUUGUCUUGGGGAUCAUCACAAAGAAGAACAUAUUAGAACAUCUCGAGCAACUAAAGCAGCACGUCGAACCCUUGGCGCCUCCUUGGCAUCAUAACAAAAAAAGAUAUCCUCCGUCAUAUGGCCCAGACGGCAAACCAAGACCCCGCAUCAAUAAUGUUCAACUGAAUUCAGUCACGGAGGGGAGAGAGGAAAGUGAAGAGGAGGUUCAUUUGCUGAAUAGCACAACACUUUAGCAUGAGGCAUUGCUCUGCAGUGCAAAAGGACAGCUGAGUGUUUUGAAGAAGCAUGCUGUUGGAAUUCAGGAGGUGGCUUAGGGAAGUGCAGACAAAUGGGAAACGGACAUUCCUCAUAGUAACAAAUAGGGUGGGAGUUAACUUCUGCAGCCCUGCACUGGAUGUGUUCUGAGUUGCUAGAUCUGCCAUGAUAGUGCAUUGGGAAAGUUGUGUCAGAAGAUGGAAGGCUCCACCUGUACCCUUUUGCUUUAGCAUUGAAGAAAUUGAUUGUUAGUCCCUGUUUCUCGAGGGAUCACUUUGAAUUGAGCCAUCUUUUGAAGACUACAAGAUUUUGCCCUUUCUACCACAGACAGUUGUUGUGUUAACUCAUGAAAUGCAUAAUUAUUCUACAUCACCUCUUUACAUUCCAGAAGAGCUUUUAUUUCCCUCUGUCUCUCUCCUGAGCAGUAAAAGGUCUCUUUACAAUUGGUGUGCCCUUUUGAAAUGGUAGUUUCUCAUAUUGAGAGAUGUACUGAGACCUGCUGAGCUUGAUCACAAGAAGGAAGUGUUUCUUGUGCCAUUUGAAACUAGAAUUUGUAUAUCAUUAAAUUCUUGUGGCAGCUUUGAUCUACUGCCACAAAAGCAGAUUGAGCAGAUAAAAUAACUUGUAUGAAGCAUGUCUGAAAUUUUGCAGCUUGUGAGCUGCUUCUUAAAAGGCCAAAACCUGUCUCAAGAAGAACAUUUUUGCUGCAAGAUAAUGUGACCUGGGCUUAUGCAAUUUUUUGUAUUCUCAAAAACACUGAGGUACACUACACCAAUGUUGUGCAGUGUAAAGAAAAUUCUGCUACUCUACUAAGAACAGGAACAAAUCUAUAUAAAUGUGUAUCUGUUAACAACUGCAUGUUCAAACACUGGAGAUCACCCCCUCCCCCAUUAAGACCCAUUAUUUUUUGUUUCCGGUUACAAAAAACAACCCAUGUUCCAUUUCUGACACUGAAGAAAGAAAUGUAAUCAUAACUUGCACUAGAUGUACAAUGAUAUUUUACCAUUGUUUUAUUUAUAUUUUUAUGGAUUAAAAAUAUACUAAAUACAAACUAGUUAAUAGUAACUCAGUUAAUUUUAUCUUUAUAAUGUGAUUUUUAUACAUUAACUCUGAAUCCUCUGUAAGCAAAGGAUGGGCAAAAGCUUACCAGUGGAGAAAGGAUUUAAUAUUUCUUUGUAACACAGCCUGACACUUUAUUGCCAUAACCUUAAUGUUUGUUUUGUUUUUUAAAACAAAGAACUGGAAGCUCAAGAGACCCAAUGUAUUUAAACACUGCAGGAUUUAUGAUGUAAUCAUGUUUUAAUUAUAGACCUGUGACCAUUGAUUGCAUUUAAUUUUUUUAUUUUCAAGGACUUUGAAAUAUAGCAGUUGAAGUGAUAAACUCCGUUUGUAAUUCAGAUAAGUUGCUCCUUGAAAAGUUGCUUAAGGUUUGUUUGAAAUACAUGAACAGAGUAUACUUGACAAAUCUUUCCCCCCUGUUAAAUCUGUAUUUUGAGUGUUUAUCUAUCAGGCAAAGCAAAGCAUCACCACAACUGCUUAAGAUGAGGUUACGUCUUGAAAUAUUGUUCAUAAAACUGAAAUAUGGAUGGGACAGUUUUGGAGAUCUGGUUAACAGCAAACACUAGCGUCACAUCACCUAAUGUUUGGGGUAUUCAUGUUGGAUAUUCAAUUAUUCACUGUGAACAUGAAACCAUUAAGAUUAUUCAAAGGGGCUGUGUAUGCACAGUGUAGCUUCUGACUCUUCCCUUUACACCCCUACCUCACAUAAGCCCAUUUUGAACCUUGGGAAUUUCAAAAGCUGUUAGCAGAGAAAUCCUGCACAGGAGUCUGCUUUUAUGGAAGGAGGAGGAACCAGAAGCCCCACUGUGUGCAUGCAAACCAACCCUUGUGCAACACCUAAAGGAAUUCUCAGGCUUGUGGCCAGAGUAAAUUAACCCGUUUUUUAUUGUAACAUCAGAUAUUCAAGACAUUGAUUGAGAAAAAUAUGCCAAAGGAGCACCAGAAUAACUUUAGUGAAGUCAGUGGCAAUUCAUCUAUACUUUAGAACUGGAAAGUGCUUUGCUAACUGGAUCCACAUUCUGAUUUCAAAAACUGUAAUAACUGCUUAGGUCACAGCUUUUCCAAGUGGUGUUUUCGGUGUUUCUCUGCAGUGCCUCUUGUUUAGUGCAUUAGAUUCUUUAAGCUUUUUUUUUUUCUUUUUUCAUUGAACUCAAGACAGUGUUCUGAAAAUUUGUUAAAACUAUAUGUAUGACAAACAAUUCUGGGGUUUUUUUAAAGUUAAAAGUAAUAAUGUCUUUUGCUAUUUAGAUGUAAAUCUGGAAUACCUUUUUUAUUUCAAGUCUUUUAUUGCAUAUAUCAGUGUUAACUGAACAUAAUUUGGACUAUAUAUAGAAAAAGUUCAGGAGACAACUUGAGAUGCUUCCGUUCAUCAUUCACUGUUUAAAGCUGAAAAUAAUUGAAAACAAUUUCUCUGCCCUUGUCCCUAAUCAUGUACUUUUAAAACCAAGGUUUUGUAUAACAUGGUUAUUUUUAAAGCCUCCUGUCCUGUUCAGUUUGAAACUUCUCUUUAGCCAUUUGCUUUUCCAUAAGACACUCGAGUUAGUAAUAGUGUAUACAUUCACAGUACCUCAUACUGCCCUCUGCAGCAUGAAGUGAAAAAACCUCCCAACAAUUAUUCAUGCCCCUGGUGUGUCUUACUUAAAUGUUAGAUCUUCACAUUUAGUACUUCACAUCUAUAUUGUGCGAUCUAAUGCAUCUUGUUUGCUGUUGUUCCCUGCUUGGUUUUAUUUAUUUCUCUUUUUUGGCACAUAAAUUAUGUCUCAGCUUGUCAUGAUGCAUUAGAGUUUCUGGAAUUUAAAUAAGUGUGCCUGUGCUGUACAACAGAAGGGUUUACUACUAAUAAUGUAAAAACUUGCAGCGCCUUAUUCAAGUUGAACAGGAUGGGAGGUGGGUUUCAGCAUAUUUUUUUGUUUAUAACAGUUCAGUUGGUGGUUCAUUAAGAUUGCAUAGUUUGUUAAUCUGUGAUAUUUCCUAGAACUGUGUUAAACAUUGAUCUUAAUGUUUUUAUUUAUUCUAGUAUGGUAGAGUUGCAUAUCAUUACAGUAAAAUAAAAUCCUGUUACUGUGAUGAUUUCAUUAUAAAACAUAUUAAAAAUUUCUGUAUGACCA